ACAAAAUCUUGAACGGAAGAGCCGCAAUUUGAAUUGAAACCAUAGGUUUUUUUUUUUUGUUUAAUAUGGAAAUCUCAAAAUUCAGAGAUUCAGCGAAAUCUUCCGAAGGAAGUAAUUUGGGGAUGAUUUCUUAUUGUUCAUCAUCUUCUUGCUUGCCUCAUCGAAUCUUCUACAGUCAAAUCGCUGAUUCAGACACCGCGAUGUGUUGUCACCAUUAUCAUUAUCGUUAUCCUCUUCACGUUUCUCAAUAAACCCCUCUUUCGAUUCGCCUCCUCACUUUCAUACUUUUCCAACCGAUUCGGCUUUCACUUCUUCGUUUAUUUGUGUUCUCCUGUGGAUCACUCAAUUCUUUUUGUUUCGCUGAUUGUAUUGCCGCUUUUGUUCUUCUUUCUGUUAUCCGUUUGAUUCGUUUUCUGAUUUGGGGAUUUAGUUUCUUUGUUUUCGGAGACUCCGACUGGUUGCUUGAUCGAUUUAGUUAAAUUUAGGGUUUCUUAAUGGCUUUCGUUUGGAUUUGAGGAGGAGUUCUUCGCCAUACUGAGGUUUAGUUCUGACAUUUACAUCGUUCUCCUUUGGCGAUCAUUUUGUUUUCUCCUGCUGAUUUAUUUUGAAGGUCGGAAGAAUUUGAGUGUUCUGCUGAAUUUGAAGCAAUUUUACAGACUUCCUUCACUCUUAAUUCAUCUGGGGUUCAGUUUUUGUUCCCAUUGAUCGAUAUAUUCGUGUUCUUUGUGCGUUUAUACGAGUUAAAUUUGGGUUUCUUAGUGGGUUUUCGUUUGGAUUUGAGGAUCCCAUUGUUGUUGUUGGUCAGAUUGAGGAGUUCUUCGCCAUACUGAGGUUUAAUUCUGACAUUUACAUUGUUCUUCUUCUCAUUUGGUGAUCAUUUUGUUUUCUCCUGUUAAUUUAUUUUGAAGAUCUGAAGAAUUUGAGUGUUCUGUUCAAUUUGAAGCAAUUUUAGAGACUUUCUUAACUCUUGAUUCAUCUGGGGAUCAGUUUUUGUUCCCGUUGAUCGUAGCUAUAAACCAAUUCUAGUCUGUGGGAGAUUGAUUGCAGUCCUUUUUAAGAAUUAUGGACAUUAGUAAUGAUGCUAGUGUUGGUUCCUUUUCUAUUGGGCCUUCAACCAUUGUUGGUCGAACAGUUGCUUUCAGGAUUCUAUUUUGUAAAUCAGUGUCACAAUUGAGGCACCAAAUAUUUCGUGUAUUGCUGCAUAUCAUAUAUAGACUUAAGGCCCUUGUUGCACCUAUAUUAUCAUGGAUGCAUCCUAGAAAUCCACAGGGGAUAUUGGCGAUGGUGACGAUUAUUGCUUUUCUGUUGAAACGGUACACGAGUGUCAAAGAGCGGGCCGAAUUGGCAUACCGAAGGAAGUUUUGGAGAAAUAUGAUGAGAUCUGCUUUGACUUAUGAGGAAUGGGCUCAUGCUGCUAAAAUGCUUGAUAAAGAGACUCCGAAAAUGAACGAGUCAAACCUUUAUGAUGUAGAGUUGGUGAGGAACAAGCUUCAAGAGCUUCGUCGUCGACGUCAGGAGGGAUCUCUUAGAGAUAUAAUAUUUUGGAUGAGAGCUGAUCUUUUUCGAAAUCUUGGUAAUAUGUGCAACCCUGAAUUACACAAGGGUAGGCUUCAAAUUCCGAAACUCAUAAAGGAAUACAUAAAUGAGGUUUCGACUCAGUUGAGAUUGGUUUGUGACUCGGAUUCGGAGGAGCUGUUAUUGGAAGAGAAGCUUGCGUUCAUGCAUGAAACGAGGCAUACGUUCGGGAGGACUGCUCUACUCUUAAGUGGAGGUGCUUCACUUGGAGCUUUUCAUACAGGAGUUGUUAAAACUCUGGUAGAGAAUAAACUUUUGCCUAGAAUAAUUGCUGGUUCGAGUGUGGGAUCCAUCAUGUGUGCUGUGGUUGCCACUAGGUCCUGGCCUGAGCUACAAAGCUUCUUUGAGGAUUCAUGGCAUUCAUUACAGUUUUUUGACCAGAUGGGUGGUAUUUUUACUGUGGUAAGGAGGGUAAUGAUACAAGGCGCUGUUCACGAGAUUCGACAAUUACAAAUGAUGUUAAGACAGCUCACCAGCAACCUAACUUUUCAGGAAGCUUACGACAUGACGGGGAGAAUUCUUGGGAUAACGGUUUGUUCUCCCAGGAAGCACGAGCCGCCUAGAUGUCUUAACUACUUGACAUCUCCUCAUGUUGUGAUAUGGAGUGCUGUGACAGCAUCUUGUGCAUUCCCGGGCCUUUUUGAGGCUCAAGAAUUAAUGGCCAAGAACAGGAGUGGAGAGCUUGUUCCCUAUCAUCCGCCGUUUAAUUUGGAUCCUGAGGAGGGCUCGGGCACAUCUGCGCGUCGCUGGAGAGAUGGCAGCUUGGAGAUUGAUUUACCAAUGAUGCAAUUGAAAGAAUUGUUCAAUGUUAACCAUUUUAUUGUCAGUCAGGCUAAUCCCCAUAUUGCGCCAUUAUUGCGAAUGAAAGAAUUCAUCAGAGCUUAUGGUGGAAAUUUUGCUGCCAAGCUCGCUCAUCUUGUUGAAAUGGAGGUGAAGCAUAGAUGCAACCAAGUUUUGGAGCUCGGUUUUCGAUUGGGAGGAAUUGCAAGGCUUUUUGCUCAAGAUUGGGAAGGCGAUGUCACCGUUGUCAUGCCCGCUACCCUUGCUCAGUACUCAAAAAUUAUACAAAAUCCUACGCAUUUGGAUCUUCAAAAGUCGGCCAACCAAGGUAGGAGGUGCACCUGGGAGAAGCUGUCAGCAAUAAAAGCCAAUUGUGGCAUUGAGCUUGCUCUAGAUGAAUGCGUUACAAUUCUCAACCAUAUGCGACGGCUGAAAAGGAGCGCCGAAAGAGCUGCUGCUGCCGCCGCUGCUACCGGUACCACCUCACAUGGCCCUUCGAUCCCAGUCAAGUUCAGUGCUUCAAGAAGAAUUCCCUCCUGGAACUGCAUAGCACGAGAAAACUCAACUGGUUCGCUCGAAGAAGAAUACCUGACUGAUACUCCGACGACACACCAUCAAGGUGUUGGUGGAUCGAUAGGUGCAGGAUCCUCCAGUAGAAUGUUGCGAACUCACCGUAGUAUGUUUGAGGGUAGCGAUAGCGAAUCCGAAAAUAUCGAUUUGAAUACUUGGACUAGGUCGGGUGGGCCAUUAAUGAGGACAGCCUCAGCUAAUAAGUUCAUCGACUUCGUUCAGAAUUUGGACCUUGAUGACCUCAACAAAGGUUUGGUAGCUAAUUCCAACGUGUUUCAGCUCAUUGGUGGUAGCCAAAAUUCUCAAAGUCCUCGAACCAUGUCUGAGCGGAGUUCAGAGAGCCCAGAUUUCGACACACGGGAGCUCAGCAAUCGAGUUUCUUCGAGCAUUCUUUUAAAUGAAGGAGACUUUUUGCAGCCAGAAAGAAAACCAAAUGGGAUCGUUUUCAACAUCGUAAAGAAGGAAGAUUUGACUUUGACAAAUAGGAGCCAUGAUUCCGAAACUCAAAAUAGUGAAGUUGAAUGCUUGCAAAUUGAUUGUUCGGACAAGUAUAUCGAUGCUAGCUCGGCAUCUGAUUUCGACGAUGGCAAUGAAGAUGUUACACCAAAAGCCUGCUUAAAGGAAUCAUCUCCCGAAAAUGAUCUGGCGAAUCAUUCCGAGCAACUACACGAUGGCCGAGACCAGGUAUCUAUGGAUUCUUAAUUUCGUCGAGCUCGUUUCUACAAGCAUGUUGUGUUCUGUAGUUGUUAGGAGAUGGGAAGAACAAAAAAAACUCCAUAGCUUCUAAUCACACUGAAAUAUACACUUAGUUGAGGGAUUUCAUUGUGGAAUUGUGAAUAUAUCAAAGCGUUGUUAGGGAUGUAUGUCAUGUAAAUAGGCAAAAAGAACUGAAGGGUUCAUGGUAACAUGGAUGCCAUCUUUUCUCUGAUAGAUGAAUAAAUAUUUUUGGUUUUGGUUGGUAGCUGUUGUA